AUGUCUAACGGUUACCGUACUUUGUCACAGCACCUGAAUGACCUGAAGAAGGAGAACUUCAGCCUCAAGCUCCGCAUCUACUUCCUGGAAGAGAGGAUACAGCAGAAGUACGAGGAGAGCAGUGAAGAUGUCUACCGCACGAACAUCGAGCUGAAGGUGGAAGUAGAGAGCUUGAAGCAGGAGCUCCAGGACAAACAGCAGCUUCUGGACAAAGCCCUCAUAACAGCAGAGAACUUGACCAAUCACAAUGAGGCAGAGCUGCAGAGACGGUGUCAGGAGAGACAGCAGGAAAUCGACCACAUGCAGCAAGUGCUUGAGACCAAAAUCCAGCUCCUGCAGGAGGAAGCCCAGCUAGCACGCAGCGAGGCAGAGCGGAUGGCCUCACUGGCUGGAUCACACUCUCAUACGUCCCUCCACUCCCUGGACACCCCCAUGGAGGACAUCCCAGAGGAUGAGAGGCCUCCCAGCAUCCUGUCCCCAUCCAACACCAACAAGGACAGGGUAAUAGAGCAGCUGACUAAAGAACUUCACUCCAAGGAGGCCCUCAUCACAGACUUGAGCAGAGAGAAGACAACUCUCACACGCAGAGUGGGAGAACUAGAGGGUCAAGUCCAGGAGCUGUCUUCAUCUUUGCUUCAGAAGGACAAGGAUGUUGAGUUCUAUCAGGAGGAACUCAGCCAAGAGAGGCUGCGCAUCGAACAGGAGAUGCAGACUGCCACUAAUAUCGCCCUACUACUGCGCGUUUCACCUGUUCAGUCGGGCGAGCACAGCGCUGUAAACCGGACGGGAGGAACCUGUGGAAUGCUUGAUCUGAAGAUGAAGGAGGCGUGCCGCAUCUGUGGACGGGAGCUCUGUGGUAAUCAGAGGCGAUGGAUCUUCCACCCUGCCGCCAAACUCAAUCUGCAGGUGCUGCUGUCUCAUGCACUGGGGCAAGAGCUGACUCGGGAUGGCAGAGGAGAGUUCGCCUGCUCCAAGUGUACCUUCAUGUUGGACCGCAUGUACCGCUUUGACACAGUCAUUGCCCGUGUGGAGGCCUUGUCGAUCGAAAGGUUGCAGCGGCUUCUGCAAGAGAAACAUCGGCUGAGACAGUGCAUCAGUGGGCUCUACCGGAAAACAAAUUCAGAGGAGACGGCAGUAACAAUCAGUGGAGGUACUGAAGGGCCAGGGGAUGGUAUGGUGGAUAUAUCAGGUCUCACUCAUGCAAAGUACUGUGCCCUGCUCCAGGAUGAUCUCGUCUACUCUUUGUAUGAGUCCUGGGCAGAUGAUAGUCUAGACUGCCCCCACCACCACCACCACCAGUGUCCUGCAGGUCCAGGGUCAGAGGUUACAGUGGCAGGCCCACAGCACUGUGCCCCCAGCACUCCCAGGAGGUGUCGGGCAUGUUCAUACUGGAGGGUGGCAGACUCUGACUAUGAAGCUGUUUGCAAGGUGCCCAGGAAGUUGGCACGGAGUACUUCCUGUGGGCCAUCAACCAGAUAUUCAGCCAGUGUUAUCGCAGGUAGUGUGACUGGAGGAGACAGAAAAAAUGUGGACGAUUCAGAGCAACCCCCCUCCUCUCUAACACUUGUCCCUGGUUCUCAGGACCCGUCGAGGACAUCAGACGGUGAUCGCACUCUGGCUGGACGAGCUAGCUCCAGCCCAUCUGUAACCUCCCUGGAGACAGCCGAAGGAUACAUUCAGCCUGGAGCAGCAGCAGAUGGUCCUCUGGGCUCCCCCAGAGAACCAGUGGAUGACCGGAUAUUGGAUUCAGUUUUUGAAGAGAACAUUGGGAUCCCACAUGGCCAGUCCUCACCUGGGCCCAGCCUGUCACUGGCCCUCUGUGUGCUGCAGAACUGUGCUGUCUACCAGCCAGUCCAGAGCCCCAAAGGGAGUAAGCUGCCAGUGCUGCUUAGACGGAGCUCAAGUAAUGGAGGCAUUAGGCUGGGGUUCCCUAAUCCUGAUCUGGGAAUGUUUUUUGGAGAAAGAGACAGCCACAUACCAAUACUUGAACUGGAGACCCCCCUGAACAAGAUGGAUGUCAAGGUGGAUCAGAUGGCUGAUGUGGAGGAUUUAUUAGAAAAUUUAUACAAAGAGUGUCCUCCCCCACCUUCCCACCAGAGUCUUGUUGAGGAACAGCAUAGUCAACUGAACCAGUAUGAAUGUGCAGCUGGCCAGUGUGUCAGUGAGCUGCAGAAGGCCCAGCUCCAGGUCCAGUCUCUGCAGGCCAAGAUCCACGAGAGCGAGGCCAACAAUAUGAAGCUGCAGGAGAAGCUGAAUGAGAUGGAGCACGAGCUGCGUUCACUGCGCCAGGCUUCUCAGAGCCAGGAAAGAACCAUUCAGGAUCUGACUGAGUCCAUCAGUACCAAAGACAGCGAGGCCCAGGAGCUGUACCAGCUGAUUGAAGGGCAAAACACCACUCUUUGUAAGCUGCGAGAAAUGGCCCACCGCAAUCAUCUUGCUCAAUGCAAGGCUCCAGAGGGGGCCAGUGAGUCCUUGACUCUGGCUCAGCUGCAGGGUGAGCUGGUGAGGGUGCAGAGCUCUCUGUUCUCCCUCGGUCUGGAGCUGGAGGCCAACCAGCGGAGUCUGAGACAGAGCCAGAGGCAAGGAGAAGACCUGGUACGGCUCAAGGACAGACUCAACUCUGAUCUACAAGAGGCACUGCAACACAGGGAGGUCACUGAAAAACACAACCAGGACCUGCGCUGUGCCCUUCAGAAAACUUGCUCUGAGCUUCAUGCUAAAGAAGUAGCUCUGAAAGAGAGCGAGGCAGAGAAACACACUGCUUUGCAGGAAAAAGACAGAGGCAUCGCACAACUCAAACACUCACUGCAGGACAAGGAGCGACAGUUACAGGUAACACACAGAAGCUCCAAACCAAGAGAUGCCCUGCUGGAGAAACUAAAGGAGCGAAUAAAAGAUAGAGACAGAGCUCUGGAGCGCUCGAUAGAUGACAAGUUCCACUGUCUGGAGGAGCAUGAGGCCCAGGUGAGGAGGCUGCAGCAGGCUCUCAGGGAGAAAGAACGAGACCUGGAGAGACUCCGCUGCAUCCUGUCCAACAAUGAGGACACCAUCACGAGUCUGGAUGCCUUGGUGCGAGGGAAGGAGCUGGAGCUGGAGCAGGCUGCAGAGGCCUACAGGAACCUCCAGUGGCUGAAGCAGCAGGGUGAGGAGAAGGAGAGGAAUGCUCAGAGAGAGAAAGACACCAUCAUCAGCCAGCUACAGGAAACCCUGCAAAGCCGUAGCCAGGAGGUCCAGGAACUGACAGCAACCCUUGUUGCCAGAGUCCAGGCCGGUCCCACUGAGGUUGUGGAGGAGCUGAAGUCUCGGCUGGCACUCAAAGAGAAACUUUUCCAGGAGCUGCUUACAGACCGCAGCCGCCAGUCUAACGAACACCACGCACAGGUCCAGGAUCUGCUCAGUGCUCUCAGCUCCAAAGAUCAGUAUCUGCAGGACUAUGCCUAUAGGCUGUCCUUAGUGAUUAGUGAGCGGACGGGUCAGCUGCAGGAGCUACGCAGGCAGCUGUCAAUAAGAGAGCAGGAACUGUGUGAGCUGAGAUGGGACAGAGAGAGGGAGAUGGGAGGAGAGACGGAGCAUCUGCGAAGUGUGCUCCAAGAGAAAGAAGCCUUCAUUAAGGAGUUAAUGCAGGGCCAGGAAGAGGCAAUGCAUCCUUCCUCUAAGGAGAGGGAGGCUGAGGUGAAGGCUCUCGAGGAGGAGCUGCAGCUGGCACUGAAGAAGGAGCGGGAGGCUCAGAAGGAGCUCUCUGCUUUGCAUUUAUCUUUGGCUCGGCAGCAGGUCGAAGGUGUUCCCACAAAAGACGGCACUGAUCACCAAUGUGUGCUGGAGCAGCUUGUGUCAGAGUACAACAAGCUGAAUGACGCCCUGAGGGCAGAGAAGAGAUUGUAUCAAAAUCUCACUCAGAUCCACACCAAGACUGACAGCAGUACAGAGAAGAUCCAGGCCCUUCACACUGAGUUAGACUCGGUCCAGGCUCUCCGCGGACAGCUGGAGGAGGUCCUGGCCAGGACCCGUAAGAUGGCCCUGGGGCUGGAAAGGGCAACUAAAAGGCAGUCCGACUCUGGAGAGCUCAGCACAGAAGAGGAGGAGGAAGGAGAUGAUGAAGGCAACAGCAGUGAUGAGUUCACAGACAGCAUAGAGGAUGAUGACGACAAAGUGACCCCCAGAAGUUUGGCUUCCAUUCGGACUUGUGUGAGGACUCGUGGACCUGUGGGUGUGGCCAUAGGGCCGACCAGGGAGGUGCUUUCUCAGAGAGUUGAUGUGGAACAGCUUGAGAAGGCAAAGAAGACGCUUGAAGGCCAGCUUGAGGAAAUAAGAUUUCAGCUGGAGAGGGAUGGAUACUCCUCUGUGUCCCAGAUGAGGAGUGCACUGCAAAGGGUGCAGCAGGAGAACCGGGUUCUGAAAGAAGCUCAAGGACCAGCUGGAUUCCUGGGACUGAAGACGAACAUAGAGAAGAAUCCCAGGAGUGUGAACCAGGAAGAGGAGAAGGAGGAUAUUGAGGAGGAUAAGGAAGAUGAUGAAGAGGAGGAAAUAUCUCCAGUGUCUACAGGGAAGCGAGGUCCUCCUUGUGUUAGUUUGAGUGAGAAGCGAGGGAAGAGGCACUGCACCCGGCCGUCCCAUCAUCGCACACACCAAACUGAGACGGAGGUGGAGCCUGCUGGUGAGAGCAGGGAGGAGGGGGCACUCUGGCACAAUGUAGAGGAGAGUGUCAGAGAACAGGCGGUCCGUCUGCGCUCAGACCUGGCUCUCAGCCACCAGGAGAACAGAGAGCUGCAGGAGAGGCUGAUGGUAUCUGAGGCCACAGUCCAUGCUCAGGCUGAACAACUGAAGGACUACAGAGAUCUGCUCACAGAGACAUCCGUUCAGCAGGUCAGUAAACAAGUGCAGGUGGAUCUCCAGGAUCUGGGUUAUGAGACCUGUGGUCGCAGUGAGAACGAAGCUGAGAGAGAAGACACCAGCAGCCCAGAGUUUGAUGACCUGGAGAUGUGCACAUCACUGUCCCAUCAUCAACACUAUGAGGGUGUGGGCAGCAGCUGGUAUGCUGGUAAUACCAGCAGUAACACAGGUGUUUAUGAACUGGCAGAUGAGCCGGUCUCUCUGCAGCAUCUGGUCCAGGAUCUCCGCUCACAGCUGGGCCGCUGCCACAAGGUGAUCCGUGGGCUGCAGCUGCGAGUGCGUUCCCUGUCUGCCACCAGUGACUAUGCCUCCAGUCUGGAACGCACCCCUCGCAAGGUAAACUGGGCAUUUGAAAGAACACCUGCCCCAAGUGGUGUAGAAGAGGAUGAAGGCUGGAUGUCUGAUACACAAGGGACUCGGUUAGCGUCCAAACCCAAUGGGGACCUGCAAGAGCUGAUGGCACGGGUUGCAUCACUAGAGGCACAGCUGAAGAGUUCCAGAUUGGAGGGCAAAGGCCAAGCAGAAGAGGAGAAAUGUGCCACUUGGCCUGGGAAGUACAACUCUUUGAUCCAGGCACAAGCUCGUGAGCUGUCCCAUCUGAGGCAGAGGAUGAGAGAGGGGCAAGGAGUCUGCCAUAUCCUCACCCAGCACCUGGGUGAUACCACAAAGACCUUUGAGGAGCUCCUGCGAGCUAAUGAUAUUGAUUACUACAUGGGUCAGAGCUUCAGAGAACAGUUGGCACAGAGCACCGCCCUGGCACAAAGAGUGUUCAUCAAGAUCAGUGGACGCGACCAUGCAGAGAGCCACGAUGACAAGAUGGACCAUGAGCUGCUUGCCCUACGGCUGAGUAAGGAGCUGCAGCAGAAGGACAAAAUCAUCGAGUCACUCCACACCAAGUUGCAGCAAUGUCCCGAAAGCCCGUCCAGCUGCCAUGCCCUCUCUGAGACAACCGACCAAUCAGACAGGACCUCCCUGGUGUCGGACGAGUACCGCACCAAUGAAGACCUGGAGUUGUGUUCUGAUUUAGAUGCCAGAGAGUAUCAGGAGGAGCACCGACUGAGGCAGCCAGGAUCAGAACCAGAUGUCCGUUCAUCUUUCCUUCCUCCUCAUGGCCUCCUCAAGUCUUCCAGCAGCUGUCCCAACAUGCUUUGCUCAGCCCCUAUGGCUUUGACCAGUCAGUUCUCCAGAGCCCUUUUCAGUGAGCCUGUUUCCUCUUCCCCCUCCAUCCUCUCUGGCCCUGAUGUCUGGGGUAAGGAAGUCACUUCUGACCCCCGGCCCAGGGCCCUGUCUGUGAUCGCUGUUCACCCAGAGCUGGACAUGCUGUACAAACAGAUGAAUAAGCAGAACAGGGGUUUUGCAAUUCCCCAUGACAAGGCUCUGUUCACUCUCUCACCUGGUGACCACAACCAGCACAACCUCUCCAGCUAUAGCCAGCUAUCCCAUCAUGCCUUUCAACAGUACCAUCUGGAUGGCAUCCCUGAGGGCCACUCACUCAAGUCUGACUCAGGUCUAGUGACAGGUGCCACUUUAUGGGACACGGACAACUUGGUUCAACCAGUUGGAAGGUAUUCUGGAUCAUCUGGACACCAGCCAGGAGGUGACCAUGCAGGGGUAAAUUUGAUAGAGGAGCACCUGCAGGAGGUGAGGUGUCUCCGUCAGCGUCUGGAGGAAUCCAUUAGGACCAAUGAGAGGCUUCGACAACAGCUGGAAGAGAGACUGGCCACCACUGGGCGUGAUGGAGGGGCACCCACUAACAUCUACAUUCAGGGACUGGACACUGUCACUCAACUGUCCAAUGAGAUCAGAAUCCUGAAGGAAGAAAAUCUGGGUCUACAGUCACGCUUGCAGGCCAGCACAGACACAUGUGAGGAGGUGGUGCAGUUGCGGGAGGCUGUGUUUACAGCGCGAGCCCGCCUGAAGCAAGCUGAGCUGGAGGCCAAGCAGUGGAAGGAUGAGCUCAGACGACUGCAGGCUCAUAGUCAGGAGCAGGGACAGCAGAUACACACAUUAAGACAGGAGCGACAGGCCAGUCAGGAGAAGACCAACAGGCUCCAGCAUGAAGUGUCUUUACUGCAGCAGCAGCUGUGUGAGAGCCGGGAGCUCAUCCAUUCUCUGCAGAGUGAACUACAAGUGUACGAUCGAGUGUCUUCCAGCACUAAGGCCAACAAAGGCUACAUUUGUGAGCUGCCAGUUCUACCAGUAGAGCUGGGAGAGCUGCUCGGGGAGGUGAGGAGUCUGCGGGCGCAGCUGCAAAACAGCGUCCAGGAGAGCAGCGCCCUCAAACAACUGGAGCUCCACAAGCAGCUGGAGCAGAAACUGGGUGUCGGCUCUCCUCGAACUCCCUCCCUCUCUGCCCUCACUGCCAGUCCUCAGAGAGAAAGCUUCUACAGACGGCAGCUGCUACACGACCCAGCUCCGUCUCCACCGGUCAGGGACAUUGGUCUGUUUAACUGUGGAUCCCCUGGUCCUCCCUACUCUGACCUGGAUGACAGCCAUAGCACUGCCAAUGACCCUCUGGACCCCCACUCUGAGCUGGAGGGAGAGGCCCCGGAUGGAUCGUUUGCAAACCGUAAUGGCCGCCAUGCCAUUGGUCAUGUGGAUGACUUCACUGCUCUGCAGCAGCAAGUUCUAGAGGGCCGGAGCAUUGUCCAGCGCAUGGAGAUGACCCUGCAGGCCUGCCUCAGCCCACCCCUGCUGGAGGGCAGCCAGAAACAGAGCAGCGACCUGGUCCUGGACUAUGGAUGUGUGAAGAGUCUGCUCUCCAACACUAAGACUCUAAGGCAGAUACUGGAGGAGGCGAUGGCUCUGCUGAAGAUGUUCUGGAGGGCAGCUCUGCCCAGCGCUGAUCCCUCCAACCAAAACCUUAAGAAGGAGCAGUGUAUGCAGGAAGAGAUCUUGUCCCUGAAACUGCGUAUAUCAGAGCAGGAUGAGGUUCUUAAGGGGACAAUUCAAAGACUGAGGAGCACCAGCCGCACCAAAGAGAGCAUGGAGCACUUCAUAGUCAACCACUUAUCAAGGACUCGUGAUGUGCUGAAGAAGGCAAGGACAAACUUACAGAAGAAUGAGCUGAGGCUUUCCUCCCUAAGCUCCUCCUCUUCCUAUCCUUAUGCUGCUGAGGACCCAGGAGGUGCUGCCAGAGAGCAGCCUGCUGAUUGCAGUUUCCUGAAGCCUAGCAGUGCUUCCAGAGCCGCUGGGGCUGCAGCCAGUCGGCGCCAGGUGGCGAGGAAGCGCAGCAGUCAAUGCCUGCUUUAGACUUUCAAAGAACCAGCCUCAGUACUAUCACCUCUGACCUCCUAUAUGCUUAAAAAGCCAGCCCCCCCCACACAUUGUCCUUCCACCCCUUCCCAUCAAACACAUUUCACCUCCCCCAAACUCCACCUUUACCUCCUUUCAGCCAUGGGAGGGCUUCCAUCAUUCCCUCCGUGGGGCAAUAUGUGCACAAAAUAAUGCACAAGUUGAGCCUAACCAAAUUCCCCCCACCUUCUCACCUAUUUGGUCACUCUCUACCCACUCCCACUGCCUAAUGUGCUACUGCCUUUGAGUGAUACAGUCAGCAGUUUGCCUUGUCAUGUGUGUGACAGAAGAAGGUGUUUGAAACGUGCCUCUGAUUGUUUUGGUUACGUGUGUCCUACUGAUGGAGCUGGUUGAAGAUGCUCUCAGACACUGAUCUCAGACCAGCUGAAUCUUUUCAGUCUGUUUUUUUUUGUAGGUUAAGGGGGUGUAUUAUAGAACCUGUCUCAUUAAUUUGAGCUAGUGCCAUUUAUCACCUCUAGCAAUCAUGUAUUGAAACAUUUGACAAGUACUUCAACUUAAACUUUCCACCUUAUGGGUUCAAGUACAACCUAAAAUGACAUUAAAUGUUUCUAUAAUGUCACCCCAGAUCAGUAUCUAAAAGCAUCAUCUCCUGGAAGUGGACAGAAUAGAUGUUCAUGCAUGUGUAAAAUGGCUUGUGAGAGGAAUUCUGCACACAUGUACACUAAAUGUGGAACACAGCUCACUCAAAGACAAGACAUCCUCAACUUUGCCACAAAUGCAGGUUUACUUCUCAUGGCACUGUUAUUAACAAGGACAUCCUUUUUGCAAAUGCAAUGCAAAGAACAAUGACACCCACUAUGUAUCACUAGACACAGUGGAGGAAUGCAAAGGAGGUUGGUUAUCACUGUUACAUAGUUACUAUAUAGCUGUAUCUGUACUUGUGGCGCAAGCUUAUGAAUGGUAUUGUCAGCCAAGGGUUAUGAAUAGCAGAACAAAAUCCAGAGAAAGGUUCCAUUUUAGUCACAAGCCUCCACUUUUAGGUCCUAAAGGUGCUUUUUUUGGCAUCAAAUUGCAGUUGUGGACGUACUAAAACAGGUACAGUUGGAUCAGUUAAAUUCUCAAGGUCACUUUCUAUUUGGCUGGUUGUCAUUUCUAAGCAGGACACUACAAUAGGGGGAAUGAAAAGGUUUAAGUGCUGAAAUGGAACCAGGCGAAACGCGUAUUCAAGCUCCUCCUCAUACGAGCAUGUGCAAUAAUGUUGUUUUUUGAAUUAUUAUGCUGCACCGGGCUAUUAUUAUUUCUUGCCUGACACUGGAUUAUUAGUCAGUGUUUAGGACACGAUCAGUGUUACUGUUGUGCUUUUUCCUAGUGUGUUGAUGCAUGACAGAGACUGCAGGUGGGAAAAGGUAAGCUAUUGAACAGGGGAUUGCCAAUACUUGCCAAAGUUUGAACUUUGAAAUCUUUACUACACUUUGACUUGCCUUAUCCAUGCGAAUGACAAAUCCAGACUGUGGGUUACCGAGGUGUGUUUGUUUCAAAGGGCCUCUAGAGACAGUAACCGUUACACAGCUGGUUCGGUUUAUUUUGAAUUGUGCACCACAGGUGAACUCCUUUUUGGACCAAAACUCCACAAAGUGGCCAUAAGCUGAUGUCUUUAUGUUCUCUCUCUUGGUUCAGACCACCUUAACAUUCCCAUGGCAAUGGCAAUAGAGGAUAUCAAGUUCUUAGAGGACAAACUUUGGCAGGCUACUGGUAGGAUCGUUGUUCUGUAUUUCACUCAGAAUAGUUCAACUUCUUUUAGUUUUCUUGCUGUAUAUUGACCAUUGUUUGCUGUAAAUAACUGGCUUUUUCUGUAUGAACAUUACUUUUACGUGUGUGUGUGUGUGUGUGAGAGAGUGUGUGAAAAAACAUCAAACAUUUGCUUUUUGCAAUGAUGAUAUCUGGGUAGCUGUGCAAUAGCUUUAUUUUAUUUUGAUGUAGAACAGAAUUGUAUUGCAUUUGCAACAUUCACCUCCUGCAGUAUAUGAUUUUAUGCAGUGUACUGUGUGUUAGGAGGAUUGUGUCACUUUGAAUUAAUUAGCCACAUGGAAAUCACAGACUAUGCCUUCAUAAUAUUUAAGACUCAUUCUGAUAUUGUCCACUUACAGUAUCAAAGUGCUGAUUGUUGCUUCGCUUGCCUUUAAAGUUAGCUAGAGAGCUUCUUCAGUCUGCUCUGAGUGGUAGAAAUGGCCUUGAACUGCUGCUCGUCUACCUGAGACCUCCCAAGUUAGGUUUUUGUUUUCACUCAAGUCUUCAGGAAACAAACAAAAUUUACCAAGUAUUUCAAUAGUGGUUAAAAGUUUAUUUCCUUUUGGAUUUAAAAGAGCUUUCAGGAAAAGUUUUGAAGAAUAGCCUACUGUAAAAAAAAGGCCAAUGACUGGAAAGAUUGUGAAACACUGGAUCCACAAGGCACCUUGUUAGAGUGUAAACAAAGCUCUAUUGCUAUUUUUUAUCAAGAAAAUCAAAUUGCAAUCUGAAGCAGUGUAUUGUUGGUUCUAAGUCGCGUCUGUAUAUAAUGCUAUUUGAUUGCAGCUUUUAUGUGAUUGGAAAGCAGCUUUUGUUCCUCAGUUUGUGCAUAAUGAACUAGAAAGCAGACACAGGACUCAUAUGGAUCCUGUCUCUGAUAGUUAACCGUGUGAUGUUUUGGCAGUUAUCAAUGAAAGAUUUCGGGAAAGAAUGAAUAAAACACUACAAAUG